UCAGGUGGUUUAUUUUUGGCAAAGUAAGUGUUAAAAAUUUUCACAAUGUAUUGGCCUGGAAAAAGUCAGUGUAAAAAUAUCAAAUAGUAUAGAAUUUAUUAUCAUAGAGAAAUUAUAAUGAUUAAGCAAGAUGUUGGAAGAUGAAGAAAUAGCUGUGCUCGUUGGGUUCCUUACAGUAAAAUCUCAGAAUGGAUUUUCUAUACGCAACUCCAAAAAGCCAAAAUACUUUCAGCUUUUCAAAGCCAGUCGCAACGGUAUCGAACGUUUGGAGAUCAGCGAUAGCGAAAAUGACAGGAAUACAAGAAUCGUAACGCUAGAGAACUGCGUUAAAAUUGUUCUUGAGCAACCUCCGAUAAACAUUAUUACCAUUGUUACGAAAACAGGACAAAUUCAGUUGCAUUCAUUAAACAACGUUUUGAUAAAACAAUGGAAAAUUGCAUUGCAAUCGGUUGCAUUCAAAGCAAAAUCAUCACCAUGUAGUAUUCUAUCCAGCAGUGCCACAAUCGAAGAGGACAAUGAUUUAUAUUGUUCAUCAUAUAGUGAAGGAAUAUUCGCGGUGACGCUUAUACCAACAGAUGCGUCCAUAAAAUGUGGUCUGGAACCAAAACUGUACACUCUCAGGUUGACCAGCUCUGAUAUUUUAUUGAAAUGUUAUAAUGAUGAAUCGAUCACAGUAGCUAUGUGGCCGUAUCGGUUUGUUCGAAAGUAUGGUUAUAGAGAUGGGAAAUUCACUUUCGAAGCAGGUCGAAUGUGUGACACUGGGGAAGGAACUUUUAAACUGGAAAAUGUUAAUCCCCAAGAAAUCUUCAGAUGCAUGGCAACAAUAAUGAAAUCUAUGAAAAACAAAAUGAACAGCGGCAAAACAAACCAGUCAAAAGUUGCAUUACCUAUGGAGCCAGGUUCGAGGAGUCCUCUACCAUCGACAUCUCAUGGUACCUUUAUAGAUAUUGAGUUUCCAAAUUCCUUUCGAGGAAUUACGUUCUCGGAUGUGAUGAGCAUUGCUAGUACCAAUUCGGUGCCGUGCAUAAGGAAUGGAAUGCCUAGCAAACCUCCCAGAAAAAGUGCUGUAAUGGAAAGUCAAGCAUCCCUUAAACUUCCGUUAGAGCAGCGUUGUCAAAAUAUUUCCAACGUGUCAUCGGUAUUCAUACAAAACAGUGGAAAUUGUGACAGUCAAUCCGAAGUUGUAGAUGUUAUUAGUUUCAAUGUGCCAUCGUUAUCUAAAGAUGAUCGAGAUUAUGAAUGUGUGGAAGAUAUUACAGAUGCUUGGAAAAAACUUGGAAUUGAUGAAAUAAAUCACACGGAAAAUACUCAAACAAUAGAAGAACUAGGGAAAUUUGCACAAGAACGUUCGAAAUUGUCACGAGAAUUGUACACAUACCGCUUAGAUAUGAGAAAUGUGAACGACGAGAUGAAGUGUAGAUCUUAUGCUGAUGACAGUUACGAUAAGUUAAAUUUUUUCCGCAUAACUCAUAAAACUUGUCCUGAAUAUAGAACGGUUUUUCCUAUCAAGUUACAAGACACAAUUUCACAGCAAAGUGCAAAAUUAUCUGAUGAUUAUGAAAUAGUUGGAGAGCCACCAUCUGUAUCUGCUCAAAAGCAUAGUUUUAUUUGUUCAGAAGAAAUGCGUGACAACGCAAAUCAGAUGCCAAUGAUUGCUCCGGAUAUAUCAAUGUGCAGAAAGGCAGACGAUAGUUACUUGGGAUACGGUAUGAUUCGAAAACCAAAUGUCCAAGUUCGACAUUUUACAUCUAUCACUUGUGCUUCGCCGUCAAAUUUAUUUAAAAUUGAAAAUGAGUUGGACAAGAACAAACGGUUUGAAGACACAACGACAAGUAAACCUAAACGUGUUUAAAUAUUCUGUAUUUUGAAUAGACUUACCAGAAAACCC